AUGACGGAAGCUACCCCGGUGAUACAGACCGCUACGCCGGACGAGGCCGCUUCUAGAACAUGGGUCUUUUGGGACAUCAAAAGUUUCCCACUUCCUCAUGGCUUUGAUCCACGUCGGGUCCAUCAAUGCAUCAAACGCUUCCUGAACAAUUAUGGCUACAAUGGUCCUCUCACCAUCUACGCCUUUGGUAUAGUAACAGACCUCCAUGAAGACAUCCUUCGAGCUCUCUCUUCCACUGGAAUCAUUCUUUAUUACGAUCCUUACGAGCUACAUGGCUACUUUGGUCAUCUCAUCAUCAACGCCGUUGGCACACUAACAGAUGUCCCUUCUUACAUCCUUGAAGGACUCUCUUCCACUGGAAUCAAUCUUUAUCACUCCCCCAAUGGUAACUCAGACAUCAUGUUUCUUAUGUCUCAGUGGAUUACUAAGAAACAACCCCUAGCUAAUAUUUUGGGCAUAUGUGAUCCGAGAGGCUUCCCUUUACCUUUAACUGGAUACAACAUUUUCAGGCCGUUUCCCUAUAAUUACCUUGAAGAAGACGCCUUCCUUUGGGAAAGCUAUCUUCUGGCAGUGUCAAUGACAAUUAAGGAGGAUAUGUUCAGUGAAACGAGUGAAACUUCCAGGUGGUUUUGCUUAACAUGUAACCAAAGGAGUAAAGGCUUUGAAAGUUUCACCAGGCAUCUCUCUGGUCGAAAGCAUUCUUCUAAGAAACGGAGGACGUGA